CUAAUACAUAUGCAUAUGUAGACUAACAGGUCAUCUUCAGUACGGAAUACUCGAUCCUCGACUGAACUUGUUUCAUCUGCAGAGAAAUAUUUAAGUGUAUGAAAAUCAUAAAUCGCGAGUUACAUAUUUGUGCACCAGUAAUCUAGCACCCUAAUUAUAAUGAGCAGAGGACGUGGGAAGCAAUUACCCUUGGAGAGGGUACCUGGCUUCGAAGGCCGGGUACCUUUCCAAGGGCCCCGAAGAACUACUGAAACCUUAAAAAAUGACACAAAAGAACAAAAAGUCAAAGCGGACAAUCCACAACAUUACGAUCUAAACCCCGUCCCCAAAUCUUCUCGCGAGAGAAUUCCUGGAUUCGAAGACCGGAUGCCUUUCAGAGGGCCCCGAAGACCGAAUGAAACAGAACAAAAUUUCCAAGAUGACACCAUGCAAAAAUAUGACAAAAUAAAACCCAUUCCCAAAUCUUCUCGCGAGUUCGCAAAAAGUGAAUGGGAUUCCGAUGAAUCGGAUUGGGGGGAACCUAAAAGUAACCCUGGUAAGCGGUAUGAAGUCCGAAAAAGCACCAGAGAAGUGAAGAAAACGAAUCCUGACUUGUUCACAGUAAUUUCAACCCACCUUCAGAACAUGUAUCAAAGUGAUCACGACACAUACAGAACAUACGAAAUGAAAAAAGUCGGGGACGACGAUACAUUCUACUGGGGAAGCGUUGCAAACAAUUCCAACGGUGUUAGCGAAAUUUGGUCGCCCUGUAAGGACGGUUCCGGACUAUGGUACAGAAAUGAUUUGCCAGCCAAUGCACGGAGUGGGCGGUGGGAAUACAGGGGGUCGUGGGUGUACACUUCCGUGGGGCCCAACAAGUAUGCGGCCCAGAUGUCUGCAAAUUUUGCGGCCGUGUACAGACGCGAGCUUUGUGAAUUGGGGGGAAAAAUAUACCCCGAUUGUUAUCCUUCAUGCUUCAAUGAGGAGAGGAGAGGACGAGGAGCGGUUUUAUUUUGCGUUUCUUUACCUGAAUUGACCAGGCGUCUAUUCCACGAUAUUUCACAACGGAACCUCCCCUCCCAAAUCGUCAUUUCACACAGUCCAUUAGUCACCAGUGAAGACGUGACUUGCGAGUGGAUACCUUGCAGUAGAUCCCGACAGGAUUCAUGUCAAAUUGCUUAAGCCAUGAGUAGACUUAUGGGAUAAAAUUUAUACUAAUAUCUUUAAACUAGACAAUUUUUAUCUUUUGUGCUUAUACCUAUUCAGCAUAAAUAUGUAUGUAUGUAAGUGUCUAAGCACCACCUUGUCGAUGUAGCAUAGUACGAUGAAUGUGCAUGGAUCGAAAUCUCUUACGAUAUCGUCAUAAUAAAAUCAUACAUAAGCAAUGUACAUAUUUCAAAUGUCUCUUCCCUAGUUCUUUGUCACGUGGUACAUGCCAAGGUAGUGUCCUCGGGGGACUUUUUUAUAGUUUGUAUUCUAAUAAUUUGUCUUCUCGUUUAUCAUGUCAUAUGUUAAGUUAUGCUGAUGAUGUUAUUUUGUAUGCGAAAGGCUCAGAUUCAGAUGAGGUCCUUAAUUACUUGAUUGAACAACUUGAAAUGUUAUGUAAAUGGUGUGAUGAAAAUGGAAUCAAACUCAAUUAUUCUAAAACAAAAUAUAUGAUUUUUCAUAAAGAGCAUGAUAAGACAGGCUUAUCCGAUAACA